AAGAGAAGAUAAACAAAACAAACGCUUGGAUUAAAGAUUUUUUCCCUUGUUUACCUUGAAAGGCUGUGACUCAGACAUUAAAAUUCCUUCGAAAAACGAGGAAAAAUGCAUUAAAGCCCUGCACGACGUGAAAUUCGAACAAAAAAGGACCAAAAAAGUUCACCGGCGACAGUGAAAGGAUUGAAUUUCGACACAAAAUGGGAUUUGUGAAGUAUAUUGCGUACGCAAUUGCUAUCUUUAUCUUCAUUUCCUUGUGCAGUAUUUGUUUCAAAAGACGUAAAAGGAGCUCGGGAGUCAUUUUUACGACUGUUCAAGCAGUUCCUGUGCAGAAUCAGACUGUAGCAGUAGCUCCCGGAACCACAUACGUCGCUCAUCAAGCACCUUAUCCAACGCAGGCACCUCCGAUAGUCGCUACUGUAGUCGCUCCGAGUCAAUCUAUGCCUCCAAUGGGGAUGCCACAACCCUAUCAUGGGGUUCCUCAAGGUCCUCCUCAGAUGCAAAUGCCGAUGCCAUACGGACAACCUGCAGUUACUCAAUUCGCUUCUCCGCCCCCUUAUGACCAAGUCGUGAGAGAACCUUACCAACAACAGAGCCCUUAUAACCCUAAUUACGCUGGAAAUUAAUUAAAUGACGCUUUUUUUGUACCAGAAAAUUGAAUUUUUUGUCGCGUGUAAGAUAAUUUAUUGAAAAAAAAGUUAAUUUUGUGACCUGUUAACGUUCGAGAUUAAAAAGACAAGUAAA